GGGUAUAAAAAAGUAUAAAUAAUGAUAUAAAUAAUAUGAAAUUGAACGCAGUUUCCAAACAGCUCCACUAGAUGGAGAUUUCGUUCCAGCUUGUUUUGAUUCCGCCGGCCUCGCGCAGAAGGAGGCCGGUUAGCCAAUCACAUGAGGUUUGGCCAGCAUCCCAAAUUCUGAAUAUGCAAAGCAGAAAAGAAGUAACAACAACGCUACUCUCUAAACACUAAUCACUGAACGAAAGACCACAGUGGAAAGAUUCACUGUAUCAAAAGUGUGUCGUUGCCAUGGAAACUGAGGGUAAGGUGAUCGAGUGCAAGGCAGCAGUGGCCUGGGAACCAGGAAAAUCACUCUCCAUUGAGAAGGUGGAGGUUGCCCCUCCCAAAGCACAUGAAGUACGAAUUAAGAUAGUAGCAUCUGGAGUAUGCCACUCAGAUUGGGCUUACCUGUAUGAUGUUGCUAAAAUGAAGCCACGACCUUUUCCUUUGAUCCUGGGACAUGAAGGAGCUGGGAUUGUGGAGAGUGUUGGUCCAGGUGUCACAAAGGUAUCUAAAGGAGAUAAAGUCAUUCCUCUGUUCCUGCCACAGUGUGGGCAGUGUGAACGCUGCCUGAGUCCAAAGACAAACCUUUGCACCAAAAACUGGGACAAAACUCAACAGGGUGUUCUUGCAGAUGGCACCAGCAGGAUCACCUGCAAGAAUCAGCAGAUUUACCAGUUUAUUGGUAUCAGCACCUUCUCUGAAUAUACUGUUGUUCCAGAGGACAAUGUCACCAAGAUUCACCCAGACGCUCCACUGGACAAAGUCUGUCUGCUGGGCUGUGGAGUGUCUACAGGAUACGGAGCAGCAGUGAACACAGGCAAAGUAGAAUCUGGCUCUACGUGUGCGGUGUUUGGUUUGGGAGCUGUUGGACUGGCAGCUGUCAUGGGAUGCAAGGCUGCUGGUGCUUCCAGGAUCAUCGCUGUAGACAUCAACCCAGACAAGUCUGAGAUCGCCAAGACUUUUGGAGCAACUGAGUUUGUGAACCCUAAAGACCACAGUAAACCCAUUCAGGAGGUGCUGAGGGAGCUGACUAAUGGUGGUGUUGACUUCUCUCUUGAGUGUGUGGGGAAUGUGGGAGUAAUGAGGGCUGCUGUGGAAGCAUGCAGUCCUGCAGGGGGGAUUUGUGUGAUUGUGGGUUGGAUUGAGGUGGAGGAACUUUCUCUAGCCCCCCUGGAUAUCCUACUAGGAAGAACUCUGAAAGGCACUUAUUUUGGAGGUUGGAAGAGUGUUGAGGUGGUGCCCAGACUUGUUCAAGACUAUAUGAGCGGGAAGCUUCUGCUGGAUGAAUUUGUGACACACAGACUGACUCUAGAUCUAGUUAACCAGGCCUUUGAUCACAUGAUCACUGGGAAAAGUAUCCGGACAGUGAUUGAGAUGUGAAAUGGAGAUGAUUCUCAAUAUUCUUCAAACAACUCAAGUAUUCUGGAGAAUACAAGGACCAUGUCUGUUAUGAUCAGAAACUGUUCCACACAAUAAAGCCAAGUUUGUUGAAUUUGAUUUGGUUGUAUCUCUUCUCUAUUAGCAGCAGAUGGCAAGCUUGCACUGCAGGACAUCCUUAUUUACGCCAUUUUUUUUCUCUCAAUAUACACUGUACAGCAAGAGUAUCUCUCCCUUCUGUGUGCCUUGAAAUUAAAAUUAAAAUUUCACCGGUCUGACUUUUA